AUGGAGGACUGUAACAUAGAGGACUGUAACAUAGAGGACAUGGAGAACUGUAACAUAGCGGACUGUAACAUAGAGGACUGUAACAAAGGGGACAUAGAGGACUGUAACAUAGAGGACUGUAACAUAGAGGACAUGGAGGACAUACAGGACUGUAACAUAGAGGACUGUAAUAUAGAGGACAUCAAGGCCUGUAACAUAGAGGACAUAGAGGCCUGUAACAUAGAGAACUGUAAAAUAGAAAACAUAGAGGACUGUAACAUAGAGGACAGAGAGGACUGUAACAUAGAGAGGAUUUUAAAGCCCCAGGCCAUAUCUCCCAGCCCCAGGCCAUACCCUCCAGCCCCCAGGCCAUACCUCCCAGCCCCAGGCCAUACCUCCCAGCCCCAGGCCAUACCUCCCAGCCCCAGGCCAUACCCCCCAGCCCCAGGCCAUACCUCCCAGCCCCAGGCCAUACCUCACAGCCCCAGCCCCAGGCCAUACCUCCCAGCCCCAGGCAUACCUCCCAGCCCCAGGCCAUACCUCCCAGCCCCAGGCCAAACCUCCCAGCCCCAGCCCCAGGUCAUACCCUUCAGCCCCAAGCACCAGGCCAUACCCUCCAGCCCCCAGCCAUACCCUCCAACCCCCAGGCCAUACCCUCCAGCCCCCAGCUCAUACCCUCCAGUCCCCCAGAUCACACCCUCCAGCCCUCAGCCCAUACCCCCAGCUCACACCCUCCAGUCCCCCAGCCCAUACCCUCCAGUCCCCCAGCUCAUACCCUCCAGUCCCUCAGCCCAUACCCCCAGCUCACACCCUCUAGCCCUUAGCCCAUACCCCCAGCUCACACCCUCCAUUCCCCCAGCCCAUACCCUCCAGUCCCCCAGCCCAUACCGCAGCUCACACCCUCCAGUCCCCCAGCCCAUACCCUCCAGUCCCCCAGCCCAUACCCUCCAGUCCCCCAGCUCAUACCCUCCAGUCCCCCAGCUCACACCCUCCAGUCCCCCAGCCCAUACCCUCCAGUCCCCCAGCCCAUACCCUCCAGUCCCCCAGCCCAUACCCUCCAGUCCCCCAGCCCAUACCCUCCAGUCCCUCAGCCCAUACCCCCAGCUCACACCUUCCAGUCACCCAGCCCAUACCCUCCAGUCCCCCAGCCCAUACCCUCCAGUCCCCCAGCCCAUACCCUCCAGUCCCCCAGCCCAUACCCUCCAGUCCCCCAGCCCAUACCCUCCAGUCCCUCAGCCCAUACCCCCAGCUCACACCUUCCAGUCACCCAGCCCAUACCCUCCAGUCCCCCAGCCCAUACCCUCCAGUCCCUCAGCCCAUACCCCCAGCUCACACCUUCCAGUCCCCCAGCCCAUACCCUCCAGUCCCCCAGCCCAUACCCUCCAGUCCCCCAGCCCAUACCCUCCAGUCCCUCAGCCCAUACCCCCAGCUCACACCUUCCAGUCCCCCAGCCCAUACCCUCCAGUUGCUCAGCCCAUACCCCCAGCUCACACCCUCCAGUCCCCCAGCCCAUACCCUCCAGUCGCUCAGCCCAUACCCCCAGCUCACACCCUCCAGUCGCCCAGCCCAUACCCUCCAGUCCCCCAGCCCAUACCCUCCAGUCCCCCAGCUCAUACCCUCCAGUCCCCCAGCCCAUACCCUCCAGUCCCCCAGCCCAUACCCUCCAGUCCCCCAGCCCAUACCCUCCAGUCCCCCAGCCCAUACACUCCAGUCCCUCAGCCCAUACCCCCAGCUCACACCCUCCAGCCCCUCAGCCCAUACCCCCAGCUCACACCCUGCAGUCCCCCAGCCCAUACCCUCCAGUCCCCCAGCCCAUACCCCCAGCUCACACCCUCCAGUCCCCCAGCUCAUACCCUCCAGUCCCCCAGCCCAUACCCCCAGCUCACACCCUCCAGUCCCCCAGCCCAUACCCUCCAGUCCCUCAGCCCAUACCCCCAGCUCACACCUUCCAGUCCCCCAGCCCAUACCCUCCAGUCGCUCAGCCCAUACCCCCAGCGCACACCCUCCAGUCCCCCAGCCCAUACCCUCCAGUCCCCCAGCCCAUACCCUCCAGUCCCCCAGCCCAUACCCUCCAGUCCCCCAGCCCAUACCAUCCAGUCCCUCAGCCCAUACCCCCAGCUCAUACCCUCCAGCCCUCAGCCCAUACCCCCAGCUCACACCCUCCAGCCCUCAGCCCAUACCCUCCAGUCCCCCAGCUCAUACCCUCCAGUCCCCCAGCCCAUACCCUCCAGUCCCCCAGCCCAUACCCUCCAGUCCCCCAGCCCAUACCUUCCAGUCCCCAAGCUCAUACCCUCCAGUCCCCCAGCCCAUACCCUCCAGUCCCCCAGCCCAUACCCUCCAGUCCUCCAGCCCAUACCCUCCAGUCCCCCAGCCCAUACCCUCCCAUCACAAUAA